UGUUCUUCAAUUCAACUGCAUGCCUUGCGAGUGAUAAUGUCGUCUCCAUAUUUGUUUUGUCUUCGAAAGAUAGACAAGGCCGAGUUCUUUCCAAAUGCAAAAAUUUCAAGAAUGACAACAAAUGCACUAGCAACAAUUCCAAACCCAGUGGCGCCCGAUUGUCCCAACCACCGCCACCGCACGCAAUGGCUCCCACACAGGACAUCUCUUACGAUAUCGAUGACGAUAUCAAUGAGGUCAAAACUUUACCCCCACUAAAUAUCCACAAUCAUGUCUUCAAGCAACUACAACGCUGUGUCAAGCCAGGCUGCGAGUGAAAGCACUCCUGCCAUCCCAUUGAUGAUGUCGAGCAUUGGGACGACCUUUGCUCCGAUCACCACUGUAGGAUCGAUUGGCAUGAUCCCAAUCAUGUCAACCCCUACUCCUACGCCGACGACGACAAUGUUCCCAGGCUCGGUAACGACGCCUGGUGGAGCAUUCACACCAUACCCAUCAGCUUGGGCUCAGUUUGCUGCUGACCCGGCAAAUGCUCAGGCUCUACAGGGCUAUCAACAGGUGAUGGCCAUGAUGCAACAGGCAGGGGGCUUCAUGCCAUUUGCCUAUCCCGGCAUGAUGCCACCAAUCAUGCCACCUCCGGUGUCGACCCCGUCAACAUUUAUCCCUAGGAUGGUCCCUAUACAUCCGGUGAAUCUGACGGGGACCAUGAAUGAAGCAGCACCCUCAAAUGUCCAUGAGGUCGAUGAGGCGGAGCAAGAGGCGGCCCGCAGGAGGAAGGGUAAGGCUAUAGCCAAACCUAGCAAGACUCGAGAUUCGGCGUUCAAACGCCUAGGGGACAAAGAGGAUGGACCCCGCAAGUCUGCCAAGCAACGUCUUGGUCCUGAGAUGGGCCGAACUAGCGCGAUGGAAAGACUUGGCGGGAGUCGUCACGCCCAAUCUCGUCGUUCUAGGGAAUCUGAGACGAUUCGCCAAGACGAGGAGGAAGCAGAAAGCCAGCCCAGGGCGUCGGCAUAUACCAGGCUCUCAUAUGAUGAGGAUGAUCUGGACAAGAUUGGAAGCGUAGCAAGAAAGUUACGUGCCCUGGAAGAAAAGGUGGACGAGAAGGCGGGAGCAAAGAAGCACACCCUGGCCAAAUCACCCUUUUCGGCCAGGGUACAUGCACAAAAAUUGAGGCGUAAGGUCAAGCUGGACGUGAAAAAAUUCACUGGAAAGGAGGAUCCAAACGUCCACCUUGACACCUUCCACAAUGCAGCACAGAUGGCCGGGUGCACUGAUGCUGAGGAAUGCCUGCUCUUCUUCUCAUCCUUGAGAGGGAGGCCAGUGGAAUGGUUUAACGGCCUUCCCCAUGGCAGGAUUGGGUCCUUUGAGAAACUUGCUGAAGUUUUCCGCAAGAAGUACCAGGACAACUGCAUCAAGAGGAAGAAAUUUACCUACCUUAACACGGUAGGGCAGAGGGAGAAGGAGACCUUGACUCAAUUCUUAACCCGCUGGAGGGAUGAGGUUGACAAGGUAGAAGAGAUGGAUGAUAAGACGGCCAUGUCUUUGUUGAUGAAUGCCUUCCGGUCAGGUGACCUCUACACUGAAUUCUGUAGGAGGCCGCCCUCCUCUUAUCAGGAAGCCUACAAUACGGCAUGGGAAUAUGCCGAGGCAGAAGUGCUGAACAAGAAUAAGCGGGAGCUGGAGGAAGGCUACACAAAGUCGAAAUCCGACAAGCUAAAGAAGGACGACUAGAUGGGAGGGUCCAAACUAAAGGCUACGUAUGACG